CUUCCUGUUCUUCUUCAUUCCAGAAUCAUCAGAUUUCAUACGACAUGAUGUCGUCCAAGAUCAUGGCUUCCAUUGCAGCAGCUUCAAGUGCCAUGAUCUCUCUGCAACCUUCAUCCUCGGAUGAGAUCAACCCUUUCACUGCACCUGAUGCAGUCAUCUCCAAUCACAUCAUCGGAAUUCAUGACUCUCAAGCUCCCAAAUACGAUGUUGAUUCUCUUUUCAACGUUGUUUCCAACAUUGUCAAGAACACUCAUCUUGGCCAAUCCCUUGAUCUCAAGCGUCCCAAAGCUGUUGAACUUAUAGAAGACAGGAUUCCACAGUCAUGUUUUAUGCCACCUUUCAGCACCCUCAAAGAAAUUGCUUUCCUGAUGACAUGCAAGCCUUUCAGCCGAUCUACGGCACACGAAACAGUAGUGGGGAUUCUGGAGAAGCUUCGAAGCUAUACAUGGGAUGCGAAGGCAGUGAUAGCUCUCUGCGCUUUCGCGUCGGACUACGGCGAUACUUGCCGGCUUUCUCUGAUGGAACCGACGAAGGAAAACACACUUGAACUGCACAUUUUCAGGCUUGGGGAAGAAAGCAAGCCUAGCCAAAGCAACCUAGACCUAAUAAGCACCUUGAUAGAUAUAACAUUUAAGCUUAUUGAAGGGAUAUUAACAUUGGAAAAGAUAAUAGCUGAUAACACGUACAGUCCAAGGGAUGUCCCAACUUUAUAUGCUGCCCCUCGAGACCUUUACACUUAUUGGGCAAUCUUGGCCCUUCUUACUUGUGCGGAUCGAAAGACUGAUCUGGAUUGGAACGUCAAAUCUGAAGUUGUUGGGAAGCUCAAUCACGUUCUCAUGAGAUUGAAUAAAGAAGUCACUGAGAUUGAACAACACAAAGAAGCUGGCAAUGAUCGAACAUGGCGAUCACGAGUGCUUCUCUCUCCUUCUGGAAUUGUGGAGCUUUUAAGGGCUUUGAUCUUCCCCAGAGAAACUGUUGAGCUUGAAAUCUUUGAUAACACUUUACAACAAGUGGUAAGCAACGAUGUGCUGAAGACGAAGAAUCUGUUACUGUUCAUUUCUGGUCUGGACAACAUAGAAAACGAGAUUUCAGUUCUGAAAUCUAUCCACGAAGCAUUGAAAAAGGACAGAGAGAAGCAAAAGCACGAGAUUCUAUGGAUUCCUGUGGUGAACGACGAGACUGAAAUAAGUGAAGAACAAGCAAAGUUCAAGCAUGUGAAGUCAAGCAUGCCAUGGUACGUAUUACAGAACUUGAAGGUGAUAAAGGGAAAGAAGGUGGUAGAAGACGAGUGGCAUUACCAGGGAAAGCCUAUUGUGGUUGUGACAAACCCUAGAGGUGAAGUAAUCCAUAAGAAUGCUCUUCAUAUGAUCUUCAUUUCAAAGAUUGAAGCCUUCCCAUUUCGACCUGAGGAUGAAGGAAAUCUCAUUGCUCAAUGGAACUGGUUUUGGAACGAAGCAACUAAGGUUCACCCAGAGAUCAGAAAAUGGAUUUGGGAUGAUAAGUACGUUUUCUUCUAUGGAGGGACUGAUAUUGGUGGGACCCAAAGGAUUGGUACAUUGAUAGAAGCCAUUAAAAAGGACCCUAUCAUCAAGCAAGCAGACGCGCCAAUUGAGCAUUUCAAUCUCUCAAAGCUCGAUCCAAACUCAACAUCCAAGUUCUGGGACAACAUCAGUCACUGUUUCCUAAGCCUAAUUCAGAGAAACAAUCACGAACAAGACCCGGUCCUUAAAGAUAUUCAGACGUUACUGUCGUACAAGAAUGAAAAAUCUUGGAUUCUUCUAAGCAAAGGCGGGAAAGUUCUGGUUUUGGGGUAUGAUCCAGUGGUAACGAGUACAUUGGAGAACUUUGAUGAGUGGAGAUUGAACGUGCAAGUUCUUCAAGGUUUUGGCAAUGAAUUCGUGAAUUACUAUAAUCAGAACAAGCCUAGUGUCCCAGAUCAUUGUCUUCACUUUGAAUUGAACAAUAUUCGAACGAGGAUUCCGACGUCCAUCACGUGCCCUGAACCAUCUUGUCGGAAGAAGAUCAUGGAGAUUGAAACUGUUUGCUAUAAGUGUUGCCAUGGGAUCCAUUAUCAGAAUCCAUCGGAGAACUUGAACAGCAGUGAGACUCAUGAGUCUCAUGUUCUGAAAUCCAAGUGGGCUGAAUGAUCAUUGAUCGAUGAACUAUAUAGUUUGCCAAUUGGCUGUAUAUAAUAAUAAUAAUGAAUAAAUUAUAUGCAUGGUUAUUGUGUGUGUGUGUGUGUGUGUACACGUACGUACGUACUUAUUAUUUGUUGUGAGUGACUAUAUAUGUCGUGUACGUCAUCUGUGUGUGGUUUAGUACGGAUA